AUGGCCUGCCCCAUCUAUAAGCUGCUGCUAUUCAUUGCCCUACUGAUAAUUCAAGUGAUAGCCACCUGCAAAGCCACUUUAAUAGCCAACGAGGAUGAGCAGGAUAACCUCGGCCGGGUGUCCAGUGUAGACUGGGAAGUCAUUUAUAAUCCGCCUAAUCUUAAUAUGGAUAUGGAUACGAUGCGAAACAUAACCGUACGAAUCGAUCACAUCAAACCAACGGAUUUGGACGACAUUCGCACAAUACAAUUAAGAAGCGAGCGGGAACACGUGGCCUGGGUUGAAAACGGAACGAUCGUUAUUGAGCCGCUCGUCGCGUCCGUCGCGUACAAUGGGUCAUUUAGCAUCGUUGCGAACUUUCUUGGACAGACAAAACUUUUCGUUGAAUUGGUGCGUAAGAACGGGUCUACCGAGCGGCUUAAAUCGUCCACCCUUCCCGUGACCGUCAUCCGUCCCGAACGCGUCAUUGAUCAUGUGUUCACUGGUUCGGUCAUACUGCUCAUAUCAAUCCUGUACAUCAACUUUGGCGCAGCGCUGGACGUCGGAGCACUGAGGCAAAUCGUUCGUCGUCCGGUUGGUCCCGUGAUAGGAUUUAUCUGCCAAUUUGUGUUUAUGCCACUGUUAAGCUACGGACUGGGACAUUUACUUUUCCCCGAUAAUUACGAGCUACAGCUUGGACUGUUCUUUACCGGGGUUUCACCAGCCGGUGGAGCCUCCAAUAUCUGGACUGUGGCGCUGGGCGGGAAUUUUACACUUUCCAUCGCCAUGACCACCAUCAGUACGCUGGCAGCGUUUGGUAUGAUGCCGCUAUGGAUUUUCACCCUCGGUCGUACUAUUUUCCAGCGCGCAAAUCUUGUUGUACCGUACAGUCGCAUUGCUUACACAGCCGUUGGGUUAGUUGUACCAAUAAGCGCCGGUUUGCUCAUACAACGUUACUGUCCGCGAUUUAGUAACCUGUUGGUACGCAUUCUUAAGCCCAUGUCCGUGAUAUUAAUUCUAUUCAUCGUGAUCUUCGCUAUCGUCACCAACCUGUAUCUGUUUGAGCUGUUUUCGUGGCAAAUUAUCCUCGCUGGGUUGGGACUGCCGUUGAUUGGUUACUGUUUCGGAUUUCUGGCAUGCCAUCUGAUGCGUUUACCUCUUGCCGAUUCGUUGGCCAUCUCCGUCGAAACGGGCAUCCAGAAUACCGGUAUCGCGAUCUUCCUGUUGCGCUUUGCCCUGGAACAACCAGCAGCCGAUUUAACGACGGUUAUUCCUGUCUCGAAUGCAAUUAUGACACCGUUACCUUUGCUGUUGCUUCUUAUUGGUCUACGAAUACACGAAAGAACAAGAGGACGCGCUGAAAACAGUUUAAUACCAAAAUGCGAUACGGAUCCGGUAGUGGAAGCAACACCAUGA